ACUGAAGAGCGCCCGGCUCGGGUAUUGAGUUGCUGCUGGUGCCAGGGCGUCAUGGAAGGUCUGCUGACAAGAUGCAGAACGCUGUCUGCCUUGGCUGCCUGCAGCAGCAGCCUCCGUCACUCCAGAUACAUCAUCCACACGUGUUACCAUCGUGCACCAGGGAGAGGGCAGCGCUUGGUAUUAUCCCGCAUGUUCCAGCCUCAGAACCUUCGGGAAGACCAGGUGCUUUCUCUGGAGGGCAGAGGUAGCGACCUGACCUGUAAGAGCCAGCGACUGAUGCUGCAAGUGGGCCUGAUCCUUCCAGCCAGCCCUGGCUGUUACCACCUCAUGCCCUACACAGUGCGUGCCGUGGAGAAGCUUGUGCGGGUGAUAGACCAGGAGAUGCAGGCCAUCGGCGGCCAGAAAAUCAACAUGCCCAGCCUCAGCCCAGCUGAGCUCUGGCGGGCCACUGGCCGCUGGGACCUGAUGGGCAGGGAGCUGCUGAGACUGAGAGACAGGCAUGACAAAGAGUACUGCUUGGGGCCCACUCAUGAGGAAGCGGUCACAGCCCUGGUUGCCUCCCAGAAGAAACUUUCCUACAAGCAGCUCCCCUUGCUGUUGUACCAGGUUACAAGGAAGUUUCGGGAUGAGCCCAGGCCCCGGUUUGGUCUUCUCCGUGGCCGGGAGUUCUAUAUGAAGGACAUGUACACCUUUGACUCCUCCUCUGAGGCUGCCCAGGAGACCUACGGCAUGGUGUGUGAUGCUUACUGUAGGCUAUUCAACAGGUUGGGCUUGCGAUGGAUGAAGGCCAGGGCAGAUGUGGGCAGCAUCGGGGGCACGAUGUCCCAUGAGUUCCAGCUACCAGUGGACAUUGGAGAGGACCGCCUUGUGGUCUGCCCCAGCUGCCACUUCUCAGCCAACACAGAGAUACUAGACUUGUCACAAAAAAUCUGCCCUGACUGCCAGGGUCCACUGACAGAAACCAAAGGCAUUGAGGUGGGGCACACAUUCUACCUCGGUACCAAGUACUCUUCCAUUUUCAAUGCCCGCUUUACCAAUGCCCACGGGGAAUCUUUGCUGGCUGAAAUGGGGUGCUACGGGCUGGGAGUGACUCGGAUCCUGGCUGCGGCCAUUGAAGUUCUGUCUAUGGAAGACUGCAUCCGCUGGCCCCGCCUCCUGGCCCCUUACCAAGUCUGCGUCAUCCCCCCUAAGAAGGGCAGCAAGGAGGCAGCAGCCACAGAGAUUGUGGAGCGGUUAUAUGAUGACGUCACAGAGGCCGUGCCUCAGCUCCGAGGGGAGGUCCUGCUGGAUGACAGGACCCACCUGACCAUUGGAAACAGACUGAAAGAUGCCAACAAGCUUGGCUACCCCUUUGUGAUCAUUGCGGGCAAGAGGGCCUUGGAGGACCCAGCACACUUUGAGGUUUGGUCUCAGAAUACUGGUGAGGUGGUCUUCCUCACCAAAGAGGGAGUCAUGGAACUACUGACUGGCGUGCAUGUUGUCUAGGGGGCCAACCACACCUGCCCCAGGCUUGGUGUUCACUGUAACACUAGAGUUCCCUCCACUUCUGUCCUGGGUGGUUUCUCCAGAAAUGGCUUCUCAUGGAAGGCGAGAGCAUGUUAGGAGAAACUGUACUUCUCCUUGUGAUGGUUCAUGCGUAGGCCUUAACUCCGUCCUCCCUGGAUGGAGGGCCGGCUGUGCUACCAUACGCCGUUCCUAUUCCAUGUGGACACUUCUGUUAGGAGGGCUGAAAGGUGGCAGAGAGAUCCAGGUCACUUCCCCUUGAGCUGAGUUUCUGGGUGUGAGAUGAGAAUGGUUGAAAGCUAGGGCCGUGCUUCCCCAGCAGCACCCCACAUCCUGAGCACACGCCUUGCAACCGUGCUUCCCCAGCAGCACCCCACAGCCUGAGCACACGCCUUGCAACCGUGCUUCCCCAGCAGC